AAUUAAAACUGACGGAGGAGGUAAAAAUUAAAAAGAGAGUGAGUAAGAAGGAGGUGAAGAAAGGAAAGGGGAAGCUCUAGACGGUCGGAGUCCAUUUUCAUUUACAGGAAACAGCUUUUAAUGCUUCCAAACCUUACUAUCAAGAUCGACUAUUGGAUUCAUUUUGGCUGGCUAUAAAAGCUGGCUACUUUCCGCAGAUUUUACAUACUUGUCUUCUGAGACGUUCGAAAUUCAGAUGGGAAGCAACCCAAGUACAGCAAGUGUUUCCAAGGGGUUAUUGCAUGCUGAAGACUCACACAAGGUGAUGGAAUAUAAUACAAGUACAAAUAAAGUUCCUGUCUCUAAAGGAUUGCUACGCACUGAAGAAUUGUACACGUAUCUCUUGGAGACUAGUGUAUAUCCACGUGAGCCACAACCUUUGAAGGAGAUUAGAGAACUUACUGCUAGCCAUCCGAGGUCAAUCAUGGCUACUGCACCUGAUGCAGGCCAGUUAAUGACGAUACUCUUAAACUUAGUAAAUGCAAAGAAGACAAUUGAAGUGGGAGUUUUUACUGGAUACUCUCUCUUGCUCACUGCUCUUACAAUUCCUGAUGAUGGCAAGAUUAUAGCCAUUGAUAUGGAUAGCGAAACAUAUGAAAUAGGAUUACCGGUUAUCAAGAAAGCUGGUGUUGAGCAUAAAAUUGAUUUCAGAGAAUCCAAAGCCCUACCCAUUCUAGAUCAGCUGCUACAGGAUGAUGCAAAUGAAGGGAGUUUUGACUUUGCAUUUGUUGAUGCUGACAAGCCAAAUUACUGCAAUUACCAUGAGAAGCUGAUGAAGUUAGUAAAGAUUGGUGGCGUGAUUGUGUAUGAUAAUACCCUGUGGGGAGGGACAGUCGCCAUGCCUGAAGAAUCUGCUCCAGAGGUCCUGAGAGAGGGCAGGCAGCCAACAAUGGAGCUUAAUAAAUUUCUCGCAUCUGAUCCACGUGUCCAAAUUUCCCACGUCCCACUAGGUGAUGGGAUCACAAUCUGCAGGCGUAUAUACUGAAAUCUAGUUCUUCAUAUAUAAUAUUUACAUACAUUGAUGUCUCUCUUUCUCUCUCUCAAUAUAUAUAUAUAUAUAUACACACACAUAUGUAGGCUAUACAUAUAGUAUAGCAGACCCUUGAAUAAUUGAAACUUAUUAGCCUUGCGAGUAACAUAGUCUUUCUUUAA